AUGAACGGAGGAUAUAGGACACACCGCAACAUUUUUGGAAGCGGCGAGAGCACUGAUGAAGUCCUUCGUCCGACCGUCGACGCUGGCUCCGACCUGUCUACCCCACCACCAGAGGAGGCUCCGCCUCCACCUGAGCCUGAACCAAUGCCCUCCGGUGCCACCGGAAAGAAGCGUCAGCGCGAUCCUGCGGCCACCGCUCCAGGCCCGAGCAAGCGACUGCGCCCAUCGCGUGGAACCACUCCCCCUAGCUACGCCGAGCCGACCGAGCUAGUCGAGAACCUGUUUCGGCCAGAGGCGGGUCCCUCAUCGCGCCGCGGAUCACAAUCCCAGACGCGUGCACGGCCAUCUUCAUCUCCCGAUGUGAAGACUCCCGAUGUGACCCGCCGUCGUCCCGGCCGCCCACCCAAGUCUAAGGCAAUGGACAUCGACUCGAGCGCCGCUGAAGGCGAGAAGCAAGCGGAUCUGCCAGCUACAAUGGUUGAGCUGAGCAAGGACAGUAACGCAACUGUCACCGUACCUGUCUCCGCUGCUUUGCGGCCCGCCACAUCUGGCUCAACCAAUACCUCACACGCACGUGAAGGCAAAGCGCCUCGCGCUGGCCGCAAAUCUGGACCAGCAUCGACAUCCAAGGCGUUGCAGAGAACCCUUCACGAUUUUGCGACGAUGAGAGAUGACCGGUCCGCUCCCUCCAAAAUACUGCCCCCUGAGUCGAGGCCAGUUGCCGACAAGAAACUCACCGCGCUAGAGACGAGCGAGGUGCAAACACUGCCUCCUAGCAAAGGCGCCCAUAUGAGGCCAGUCCCGGAUCGUGAUCCAUCAUCCCCCCCUCAGCGUCGCCUGCCCAGCAUUGCUGACGAGGCCAAAGCCAUCAUCGCUGCAUCCAAGGCCAGGAACGACCGCGAAGCCAAGGAGCAGUCUGCUCGCGAGGCCGAAAAGCAGCCGCAGCCCACUCCCAGGGAACCAUUCCACGAGAAUCACCGCCUCCUUUGCACGAUUUUCAAGACAUCCAGGAGCGGGCCGAAGCCCGCGAUCGCCCAGCGUCUUUUGAUCCUCGACACCAAGAACGCGCACGUGAGAUACCUCCAGGACAUGGACUACAUCGGCGGCGUGAAAGCCAGAAACAUGAAAGGCGUACCUCAUUCGGACCUUCUCCGAAGUGUGAGCUCUGAUCUGCGCACCGGUCUCCCCGACACUCGCGAGCGUCAGCCGGACCCCCGCGUCAACGGUAUCUACAUGCCGCAUGGGCCAUCAGGUUUCCCGCGUGUUCAGCAAUACUACGCCCCUCCGCAGCUUGCGCCUCCCGGGCAUUACGGUUACCAGCCUGGGUUCUACCCAGCUCCCCCCCUUGGCGGCCCUAUCCGCGAGCUAGCUCCUGACAUGCGAGGCGACUCUCGCGUAGCAGAUCCCCGGAGCGCUACUGGGGAGCAUGGACGAGAGCGCCGUGAGGUGAUGGCCGAGGUCCAACAUGCGCGCCAGUAUCCGGAGCGGCGCGAUUGCGAUUCCAUGUCUUACACCAACGUCGUGCCGAUCCCCUUUCCCACCGGCCCACAAUAUCGUCCUCCUGAGCCGCGCCCACUUCGUUUGGACCCACGGUACCCUUCAGUCGCGCUAGCCCCUCCUGGUACGGCACCGCCGGUCCCUUCAAACAAGACGGAUCAAAUUUUUGCCAAGGAGCACGCGAAUGGGUUUGAGGGUUUGGAUCCUAGUCUGCAGGAUAACGCGCGUGGUUUUGUUGAGAACGUCAGAAACAACUUGCGUACCAUGGUGGGGACGUACUUUCUUGAGCCCUCAUCUGCGCGUGACGCCUUUCUGGAGCGGAUUGGUCGUGAUUUGAUUGAUUUGGGGUGGAUGUUGACGGAUGGGUCUGAUGGCGCGCUGUACUCGCGGGGCGGUCCUCCUUGGCCUCAUGAGAACGGCUCACAGCAGCGCGCGAGAGACCCUCCGCGCGAGUGGCGACCUGUGUCUCAUGGUCGUCUGCCACAGCCACUGCAGGACCAGCGCCCUUCAUCGGCAGACGGACCAAACUCGGCGCGCAGCGGGAGUUGA